AUGCCACGCAACACCACCCUACCGUACACUUUUGACAAUUGUGCUGGGGCCAUUCCAUUGGCGAUUGAACGAAUGUACAACGAAAGCCUAAUACCGCGCAGUAUUAACUUUACGUAAGAAACUGGAAACAUUUUUUGAAACGUAUUAGCUUAAAACUAUUUUAAUUGUUGUUUGUUGUACUUUUUAUUCUAUUUAAGUUUAGUACAGACAAUUUUAUUACUAAUCUAUAUUUCCUAAAUUAAUAUUACAGUGUAAUAUGGAAAUACGAAGAAUGUGUAGAAGCAACUGCAGCUGGUUACACUUAUCAAAUGAUAACUCAAGAUAAGAUUGACGUUUUGUUAGCACCUCCUUGUACUGAUGGUGCUACUGUAGCUGGCCAUCUUUCCACAUUCUAUAACAUACCAGUUUUAAUGUGGGGUGGUACACUACUAGCCGAUUUUGCUGACCCAACGCUUUUUCCUACUACUCUUAACAUUAUGCCAACUUAUACAGAGUAAGGACGUACUAUCUUUUUAAAACAAUAUUUUAGUUUUGCUCGUGUCGUAUGUGACGUUAUGGCAACAUUUAAAUGGACCCAUUUUGCAUUUAUCCUUCAGACUGAUGAUGAUGGUGGUUGUAAUUCAUUUCAACGAGAUUUAGAGGUAAUAUAUAAAAAUGUAUCCCGUUUAGUUUUUUUCAUUUUUAUUCUUUUAAUUACCAAUAUAUGUUUGCCUUAUUUUAGAAAAUAACUGCCGUAAGUUCUGACUGCGUAGUAAGUUUUAAAGAUAGAGUAGAUACGUGGAAAGACGAAGAUAUCAAUUACACUAUUACUAAUAUACAACAACGAGCUCGGAGUAAGUUUAGGUAUUUCUAUAAAAUUAAAUUUUGUAUUCUUUUUCUUUGAAAAAAAAUUUAGUUAAUUUAAAAUUGAAAUUUUAGUAGUACUAUUGUGUUUCGAUGAUGUUGACCAAAAGCGGGAGUUUGCUUUACGUUUAUUUGAUUACGGGUUAAACACACCUGAGUAUGUUUAUUUGAUGCCAGAUACUGAUAUGAGCUUAGCAGGUAAGUCGUUAAUUGAAAAAUUAAGUUUUUGGAGUCUUAUAUUGUAUACCAAAGCCAUACUAACUAUUAAUAGCAGCAGAUGCGAAUUACAAGCCAUUUUGGUACGACCGCAACACACCAGCAGAUGGUAGAGAUGAAGAUGCAAAAGAAAUUGGACAACUUUCACUUCAGGUGAGUGUUCAGGUAUGUCUAAAAAUGUAUUACGUUUUUUUUAAACUUCGAAUGCUGAUUUAUGUAAGAUCUUACUUUUAAGUUACACGCGGAUUCUGAAAGUGAUUUAUCGGCAGAAAUGACAGAAUCUUAUCUUAGUCAAGUAGUGCCAAAACUUCGCUCUUGGCCGUUUUAUUGCCAAGAAUGCAACAUAGAACAGAAUGCAUCUGCAUUUGCACCGUUUUUGUUGGAUUUAUUGCAAUUGUAUGGAAUGGCGUUGAAUAGAACGUUGUCUACUGAUCCAAGUCAAUAUAGGAAUGGAACGUAUAUAUCGGAUAGUAGCUUUGCUGAUUUUGAAGGUAAUCUUUUAUACGGUAUUUAAACGGCAAUACCAACUGCAUAAAUAUCUUUACUUAUAAUACAGUACAAACAUGUCUAUAUAAAAAAGUCGUUUUACAUAUUGUUAAGUUUAGGUUUUACUGGCAAAGUUGUUAUUGGAGAUGAUGGUGUUCGAGAUUCAGUAUACGUCUUGGCUGAGUACAUGGAAAACGAACAGCUUCAAAACCAUGCGACUUUUUCUGUUCAAGGUACACAAUCGUUUUUUAAACGUAAAGCAUCUACUAACUAAAGACACUUUUAAAUUUAUGCCAAAAAACACACAUCACUUAAUAUAAUAUAUUAUUAUAUUUUUUAGACAUAAACGUCACAACGAACGUAACAAACCCCGAAAAGAUUUGGGCUUCUCGAGGUGGUAUGUUGCCGUUGUCAACACCGUUGUGUGGAUUUGAUGGAAAAGGUUGUCCAAAAGCUGUUUGGGAAGAGUAUCUUGGAUGGUUUAUAGCAGCAAUUGUAGUUGUUUCCGUCUUAAUCAUAUCUAUCAUUUGCACUAUCGCUUAUUUUGUACAGUAAGAACAUUUUCAAAAAGUUAUGUAUACUAUUAUAUAUUUUAGCUCAAAAAAAGGAGAAAAACGAAGAUUGAAUGAAAUGUGGCAAAUACCUCACCGCCUUUUGGAAAAGUAUAGUAGAGUCAGUUUAACCUCAUUUUAAAUUUUCAAAGUUAAAAAUUUUAUUAUAUAUCGAUUUAUCACAUAAUGACAAAUUUCAGAAAAAUCAAUCUCAAUCUCUAAGCAGUAGGUCUCUUCAAUCUGGGCCAAGUACAACGUCGAAAUUUACAUUUGACAGUCUUAAAAGUUCAAAGAAUUACCAAUUGUAUACGUAUCAAAACGAACUUGUAACUGGUCAAAAACACAGAGUAAGAAAGACGUUGGAAGAAACAGACAUGGCACAGUUGAGGAUGAUGCGACAACUCGAUCAUGAAAAUUUGAACAAGUUUUUGGGGUUGAGCAUUGAUGGUCCUGAAUACAUAUCGGUUUGGAAGUUUUGCGGCCGUGGUAGCAUAAAAGAUGUGAUUGAAAAAGGCACUGUUAACAUUGACGCGUUUAUCGUUUAUUCAUUAGUUCGUGACAUUGCUGAAGUAAGUGAAUAUCUAUAGGACCCAUCUAAGAGUAUAAAGCUAAAAAUCAUGUUGUAAAACAUCAUUAUUAAUUAUAGGGCUUAUUUUUCCUACAAAAUAGUAUUUUGGAAGUUCACGGUCGAUUAACAUCGUCUUCAUGUUUGGUCGAUGAUCGAUGGCAAGUGAAAAUAUCCUACUAUGGAUUAAAAUUUUUGCGUUUGAGUGGCGAAGGAGAAUCAAAAAGUAAAAAUUAAACUUAUUAUUUGAACAAAUAAAAAUUCAAAAAAAUUUUUUAAUAGAAAAGGCUUGUAAAUUUUAUUGAAAUUAUUAUAUUAAACAUAACGUUAAGACUUGCUAUGGACAGCACCAGAAGUUUUACGUGAGGGCGAAGCAGCGAUGUCAAAAGCGGCCGAUGUGUACAGUUUUGCCAUUAUUUGUUCUGAACUAGUCAAUAUGAAAACGGCCUACGAAGUAAAUGAAAUUAAAGGUGGAGCUGAAGAGAUAGUUUAUAUGGUUAAGAAAGGAGGAUCGAGAAGUGUGCGACCUGAAAUUGAGCUUGCUAUACCUGAUGUUAAUCAAGGAAUCGUAAGAUUUGUAACUUUUUACUAAAAAACUUUCUUACACGCUAAUUAUAAAUAUUUUUUUAGAUUCACUUAUUGAAAGACUGCUGGUCAGAAACCGCAUCUCAAAGGCCUAAGAUUGCAUUGAUAAGGUCAAUGUUAAGGGCAAUGUCUGGCGGCCGGAAUGCUAAUCUUAUGGAUCACGUAUUUGGAAUUCUUGAGCAACAUGCUUUAAAUCUAGAAGAAGAAGUUGCUGAUAGAACUAAAGAAUUGGUUGAGGAGAAGAAACGGUCUGAUUUGUUGUUGCACAGAAUGCUACCACAGUAAGAAUUAUGUUUUUAAAACUUUUUUGAAAAAAUUACUGUACCUUUAUUUUAAAAAUAAUGUUUUAGACAAGUCGCUGAAAAACUAAAACUAGGCCAAUCUGUUGAACCUGAAGCCUUUGACAGAGUAACAAUCUUCUUUUCUGACGUUGUAUCAUUUACAACUAUAGCAUCAAAGUGUACACCAUUGCAAGUGAUCAAUUUACUAAAUGAGCUGUAUACUUUAUUGGAUGGUAUUAUAGCUGAAUAUAAUGUCUAUAAAGUGGAAACUAUAGGUAUCUUUUAAUAUAUAUAUUUAUAUACAACCUUCCAGGAGAUGGUUACUUGUGCGUAUCAGGCUUACCAAAACGAAAUGGCAAUGAACAUGGUCGGUGUAUAGCUAACAUGGCUAUUCAUUUUAUGCGAUCAAUUAAAUCAUUUACUAUACCUAAUUUGCCAAGCGAACAAAUGCGGCUUCGAAUUGGUUUACAUGUGGGUCCGGUAGUGGCUGGAGUGGUAGGAUUGGCUAUGCCGAGGUAUUGUUUGUUUGGCGAUAGUGUAAACACAGCUUCUAGGAUGGAAAGUAAUGGUAAACGUAAGUGCACUUAAAAAAACUUCAUUUUUUUAUAUUUUUAAAAACAUUUCCUAUUUGAAUAUAAAACUUUUUUAACAACAUUAAUUAUUAAAUUUUUAUUUGAAGCAAAUCGAAUCCACAUUUCGGCUGAUUGUAAUGACUUUUUGACUAAUGUUGUUGGUGGGUAUGUGACAGAAAGUCGAGGUGAAGUUCUUAUAAAAGGGAAAGGUGUUAUGGAAACGUACUGGUUAUUGGGUACUGUUGAGGAACAAAAGUCAAGUACAAUGUAUGCACAAUAUUCCACAGAGGAAAAUGAUAAAGAAACCGAUGACAUAAGCUAA